GGCUGCGUUUUGGUGGCUGGAUUCUUUCGGUUGUGCGUGGUGACGGAAGAGCCGAGGGUUGAAGAAACAGAGGUUUGCAGGCGUGUACUCGAAAAUAACCAUAUUUUAAACCUUCGUGAAAGGAACUCCACGCCUCCCGUUUCGCCGGUGUGAAGCCGAGUCUUUUAAAACCAUCAGAAGGGCAGUUUUUACAUUGUCUACCAAAUCUAUUAUCCCUGGGUUCAGUGUGUGAGCAGCACUGAAUGCAGUGAGUACAUCUAGCAACAAGUGACCGACUUGUAAUAUUGGAGAUGAAACCUGAUGGGGUGACCACAGCACCAUCUGAACCAAUGGAAGCUCAGGGAACGGAACCUGUAGAAGAGCCAACUGGCAAUGAAGGUGUAUCCCAGAAUGGCACUACACAAUCACCCCCACAACCCGAUGAACCUCAAAAUGAACAAAAGGCUCCUCCUGCUGUGAAAGAAGCUCCUGGGAAGGCAGUAGGUCCUAAAAGCAAAUCCAAAGGGCUAGUGAAAGGAAAGACUGCAACAGCAGGCCCAGCAAUCACUGGGCCAGGUGCAAGACCCAAAGCAACCCAAAGCCGUGUGGCUAAUGGCCUCACAAAAACUGCAGCAAGUACCGCAACCAAGAAAACCAUUCCAGCUACCACUGUGGCAGCAGAGAAGAAGAGACCGACUGGAGCUGCUGCUUCUGGCAAGAAACCUGUUGGCUCUUCUGUUGCUGUCGCAAACGCAAGGACUCAACCUAAGGUGACAGCUGUUGGAGCGAGCAGAUCAGCAACAACUGCGACCAGCAGUUCAAAGACCGGAACAACUGCUGGUACAGCAAGCACCUUGAGUAAGAGACCAACCACAGAUGCCACCAAUGCUGCAAAAAAGCCCAAAACAACAGCUCCAGCUCCAAGGCCAACCACUGCCCCAAGGGUAGCCACUGCCCCUGCUGCCAAAUCCAGCACUUCAUCAACAGCCAAAACCACGUCUGCUCCUAAAACUAGAACAACUGGAAGUUCAGCCCCACGACCAGCUGCCACUUCAGCUGCAGGAAAAACAACCACCAAUUCUAGUUCUACAGUUGCCAAAACAAUACGCACAGCUACACAACAGCCUGUUAAACCCUCUGUUACAGCAUCAGCUGCCAGGAAAGAUGUUAGCAAAACCGGAACUACUGCACCAGCAAAGAAACCAGCUGGCUCAACAAUAUCCCGUCUGGCAACCAGCAAGCCCUCAAAUUCAGAGGCUUCAAAACCAGCUGCAGUUACGAAACUACUCCCUAGCAUCAAAGCACCCCAACCCAAACCAGAUUACAAGAAAAGUGUUCCAACACGUAAGGUGCCACCUAGUCCACGAAACACUUCCUCACGGCCAACAUCAGGCAAGACCAUUGCAGCCUCGCCUAGUCACAGACAGGCAGAUAGUAGUGCCACAACGAAACCGACACAGUCCGUUUUACCAUUGGUCAAAGGAAAGUCUGAUAAGGAACCUGCAGCAGAAUCUGUACUACUUUCUGCAGCUGUAGUAGCUACUGUCGCUGUAGCAACAGCUGCAGCCAUAGUCACAGAAGAAUCUGUUUCGGGGCAUGCAGCUACUCCAGCUGUUGAGGGCUCUUUGAAUGCACCAGCCUCUGAUUCUUUGGAUGUUGAGGAAAAUGUAGAUGUGCAGGUCCUAAAUGCCAACUCCCAGAGUGUGCUGGAUAUUCCUAACACUGAGCCAAUGGCUCAAGAGGCCUUAAUAGAAACUGGUCCUGUUGAAAAAGCUGGUCAUAUAUCUUCUGCAGUCAAUCUGUUAUCUGAAGAACAGUGUUCAAGGAAAGUUGACGAAAAGCUUAUUGCUGCUAUGGAACCAGUUGCACAGGAAGCAGAUCAGCAAGAAACCACAACUGCUUCACCAAUUGAUAACCCUGCUGCUGCCGCCAUAGUCCCCUCUGGUGGCAUAGAGGUGGCUCAAAAAGCUGAACAGAUAAACAAUGGUUGUUAUGAAGAUGUGGAAGAUGAUGAGAGGGAGGGCAGUCAACAGGUGUCCCUGUCAGAAAUGAGUGGCACCCAACCUACUGAAGAGUCUCGACCCGGAUCAGCUGGGCUUGCUGGGUCUGUUUGGCGGGCAGGGGCCUUGCUUUCAGAGCUUGACUCUGAGGACGUGAGCUGCAGCCAGCAGGGGGCAUCAGAGCUCAGUGCCCCAGGUCUCCUGGAGGGCACAGAAAGCAUGGAUGAUCUUGGUGAUGCUAGCCUUAAAGGAGCUGAUGGUGAAGGUGCAUCUGUUGGGUCUCCUGACUUUGAGAAGGUUCCUGACAUUCCUCCUAAUGAAGAUGAGGAUGAUGACGAUGACGAUGAUAGAGUUUGUGACAUGGAGGUAGGGUCGGAAAGAGCAGAGGACUCGCACAGGCAGCAUCAUGACAACGAGGAUGAUGAAGAGGAUGACGAUGUAGAAAUGGCAAGUGAGGGCAUUACUGAGAGUGGGCUUGAAAGUUACGGGAAUGCUGAUGAGGAUGAUUUAACAGAAGAUUACAGGUUAGACAACCUGAACCGUAUCCAGCCUUCUCCCACGGUUGUCUCUGCACCUCUGGCAGCCCAGUGGAACCAGUCCAAAUGUUUUGCUGAUACUUGGGCCCAACCACCACAACCAGCUUCUACACUUCUCUCCAGUCCUUCCUUUGAACCCUUGCAGGCAGAUCCAGAAACCGCAACCCAGACACCUGCUCAGGCAAAACUGGAUGUUAGCAACUCUGAAAAGAGCCCUUCCUCAACUAAACCCCCAAUCCUUUUUGAGCUUCCACCUUGUUCACCUCAUCAAGCCCUGGUGACUGCUGCAGAGGGUGAUGUCAGCCCCAAACCAGGCACGUCACCACCUCAAGCCAGCAACUCCCAGUAUGGCACCCUUAGUGGCCCUGAUCUUCCAUCUGACAGUAGCAGAGACACAAUAAUACCAGAGAAAGUGAAAGAAUGUAACAACUGCUCAGUUAUUGAUAUUCAAUCUAAAGGGGAGUUCCUUCCAGAAACACUAAACCCUGCACCCGCUGUCCUGCCUGAGAUCAUGCAAGAUCUAGGCAUCCACCUUGAUUGUGCUGAUGAGGAGGAAGAACCAGAGACACUGCCUGCUGAUGACAUGCUGGGUGGUCCUGCAACUGCUCCAGAAUCAGCACCAUCAUCUCCUUCAUCAGCCACUGAGGAUGAGGGAAGUGACACAGAAGGUGAAAUGCAGAUCAGUGAACCUCAAGCUGUGCUACUCGCCACCGGAAGUACCAACAGAACAAAAUCUGUUGCCCAUAGUUUGUCCACUCUAGAGGAGCGUGAGGAAAUAGGAGGAGAGACAGAGGGUGGUGGUGGAAGUGAUACCCCUCAGUCUGCCACUUCUGCUGCAUCCUAUGGCUUUGAUUACAUGACUUCUAACUCAAAUGCCUUGUCAUCUGCUGAGAGUUGCAGCAAGAGCCCUGGCAUUUUUUCCCUCGAAAAUGAAGAGCAGCUCCCAGACGAGGCCAAGGAUCCUUCUCUUCUUAAAGAGCUUACCCUGAUACCUACUACCAUUAUAUCUGGGGAAAAGACUGACCCUCUCAAAAGCCAGCAUGUGGGGCUCCAGUCCCACUCAGAAAAGCAGUACAUGCUGUGUGGAGAGUCCAGUGAGCUUCUGGAGUCUGAUUCCCUACCAGGGGCUGUACCCUUAGAGUCAGGCUCAAUUGAUUAUUUAUCCCCACAGCACUUGGAAGAACAACAAGAUGUUGACACUCCGCAUUCCUACUACUCCACUGUAAGCGAAAAUACUGAUAGUCCUUUGGCAGGUAACGUAUAGAGUGCACUUUAACAAUCUCUUUCCAAAAUCCUUUGUUGAUGUCAUCUCUAUUUAGGGGUCUAUUUUACCUCUAUUUGUCUAGCUUGGGUUUCCCUUGUUGAGGAUGUCUUUUAUUAAGUUAAGUGAAUGAAAAAUAUAUAUUUUUUCUUAUUCAGAACAGUGGUACCACUUCACAAUAUAACAAUUACCUGUAUAUGGCUUAGAACUCCUGUAUGUGCAAUAGCUACUACCAUUUACAAUUAAGGUGACCGUAUUUCCCAAUUGUUCUUUUUAAAAGUAUCAAUGGGUGUUGGUAUGAACUGGCAUGAAUUGAUUUGUGGAGUCCUCGAAACAAAAGAAGCCUUGAUUAAAAAAUGUUGUGUGUGUUUGUCUUUUUGUUCAUUUUUUUUUUUACUUAUCAAAUGCAUAUUCAUUGCUUUUUGUAUUGUUUUUCUAUUAACUCGAAGUACCAAUCUUUCAUUCCCUUCUGUCAUUAUCUGUCCUCACAUUUUUCUGUCUUCUGCACUUUAGGGUUUUCUAACCCCAAACUUUUUAUGUCUUGUUUGGAGUACUUAAUGUCUUUGCAUUAAAUAAAGGUUAGAUAUUUAACAUGAUUCCUUUUUUUCUCUGGAUGUUUUUAUUUUUGUAUGUUUGAGUUGCAAGGUAACUUUGAUCCACUAUGGAUCACUAUAUAGGUAGCCUGGCAGUCUUGUUAAUUCACUGUAAAUAUUAUAUAAUUAAAUGAAGAAAAUUCCAAUGGUAUUUUAUUUUAAUAUUAAUUAAUGUUGAAAAGUACUAUAAAAUUCUUAAUGCUCAUAAUUGUUGUAUGCACCACAUCUCGGGAACCAGUUGGUACCAUGUUUUUCAGUUUAGCGUUGGCAUUUAUAGUUCAGUUACUAGUACCAAUUAACCAUUUUUAAACUUGCUCAUUUACACAAACUCACUGUAAGGGAAUUAUGUAGAGAAAACGGGAUGCUUCCAUCAGAAGGAAAUGUUUCUUCUAUGCCAGAAU